UGCAAAAUUAUCUAUCCAAAAAUCAUAUGGGCUGGCUGUUAAUCAAUUUUUUUUCAAAUAAUUCAAAGUGAAAUCAUAUUUUAUGAAUAGCUUGGAUAGUCUUAAAGGUGAUCAUAAAGAUGCUAGAACCCACUACCAAUAUUUCCAAAAUAAAAAAGCAUAAUAGAAAAGAAAAAAAGAUUCACCAUGCCAAGGAGUCGUUAUUCACUAGUUCGAGCGGCUUCGGGAACUAUAGGGGAUUGUUCAAUCUGGCCAUGAUUCUCUUAGUGAUAUCUCAUUCCAGGUUAGCCUUAGAAAACGUCAUAAAAUACGGGAUUCUAGUGGAUCCGAUAGCUUGGCUAACUUUCUUCCUCAAGGAUCCUUACCAUUGGCCUUGCACUUGCUUGUUGCUGUUUUCUAAUGUUUACGCCGUAUCAAGCUUCGCCAUAGAAAAAAUGAUGAGCAAACAUCGUCUCAACCAAACUUUGGGCCUUACUUUGCAGGCAUUCAUCUGCAUUAACUUAUUGACUUUUCCGGCUAUAGUGCUUCUACUAGUCAAACCAAAUCCCAUUGCCGCGGUGUUAACAUUGGGCAUGUAUACCGUUAUUUUCCUAAAGUUAGUCUCGUACACCGCCGUCAACAAAUGGUGUCGAGACGCUUCCCGCUCGCCUUCUACCAUCGGAUCUGGCGCCAAAAGCCAAUCGGAUAGUAUCCGCGAGAAACAAAAACUUGGCGAUAAAAAUGGCGGUGAUAAUAAUGACGAAGAUGUGGACGCUGUCGUAGAGAAAGACAUGGUGUACGUGAAACGGGAAUCUAGGGUAGAGGAAUCCAUUUAUGCCUAUAACGACGAUAAAGAUUUAAAAAUUUUGUACGGUCGCAAACCUGUCGUGUAUCCCGAUAACCUAACCCUAAAAGAUUUAUAUUACUUCCUCUUGGUGCCCACGUUUUGUUACGAACUUAAUUUCCCGAAAACGCAGCGAAUCAGGAAAUUAUUCCUCUUCAAAAGGGUCAUGGAAAUGAUAUUUUUGUUUCAAUUGAUGUUGGGUUUGAUUCAGCAAUGGAUUAUUCCUACCAUUAAUAACGCCAUGGCACCUUUCAGUUCUAUGGACUAUCUGCGGAUGUCGGAAAGGUUACUCAAAUUAGCUAUACCUAACCAUUUGAUUUGGCUCAUAUUUUUCUAUUGGCUCUUCCAUUCUUGUUUCAACGCCAUAGCUGAGAUCAUGUACUUCGCCGACAGGAAUUUUUAUAAUGAUUGGUGGAACGCUGUAACUAUAAAUGAAUUCUGGCAAUCUUGGAAUAUACCGGUCCAUAGAUGGUGUUCUAGACACUUAUAUUUUCCCCUCCUAGACCUGGGCGUUCAUAAGAUGGUAGCUUCUGUAAUAGUGUUUAUGGUAUCCGCCUUCUUUCACGAGUAUCUGCUCAGUGUUCCACUUCACAUGUUUAGACUUUGGGCAUUUUCUGGAAUGUUGAUGCAGGUUCCUUUGGCAUUCCUGGUAUCCAAAUACAUGACUGGCCAAUGGGGUAAUAUCUUGGUAUGGCUUAGCCUGAUUCUCGGUCAACCUAUAUGCAUCCUCAUGUAUUUCCACGAUUAUUACGUCAUUAACAACUUGGGAAAAUAGAGAACUGACACGCGUCCAUUUCAUUUACACUUUUCCGUGUCAUUUGAAAUGCUGGAAAAAAUUUUUUUUUUAAGAUCCUAAAGAAAUUAAUUCUAGGUCAAACGUAAAAAAUUAAAAAUGGCGAUUAAAGUUGCCGUUUUAUUUUCCUUUUCGCAUUUUUUUCGGAGAAAAUUUUUUUGGGGGCAAAAUAAACAGAUGAGACUUGUUAAGUCGUCUGUAAUUAGCAGCAAUCAUUUUAAUUUUUUUAAUUUUAUAACAUUUGUUUUUUUUUUAAAUUAAUAUUAAUUUCAAAUUUGUUAAUCCACUAGAAACAUAUAUUUUUCAACCAACCAAUGGCGAUUUUUUUUUUAUCGAAUGCUCGAACUUUUAACAACUUACCACAUGAUAUUCCAAUUUUCUCGUCUUGGAAAAAAAAAUAUGUUUUUAAAAAAGAUAUCUUAAAAAACGGAAAUGAAAUGAUUCCGACACGCACGCACAAUCAUUUUUUGAAAUCAACGUGAAAUUGAAUCCAGGGUAAACCUUACCAAUCUCUAAUAAACUCGCGAAUCCAUUAAUACUACAUUCUCAAGCUUAUUAUUUUUAAAAAUAAUUUUUAUAUAAUAUUUGAAAUGGAAAUUAGAAAAAAAAAUAAAUUAUUUUUUAUUCCACUAGGGAAUAUUUAAUUAUUUUAUUAUAUACGAUGAUCCUCCAAUCUCUAAAAACCAAAGUAUAUUGAAUUAUAUUUUUAACAUA